UUUGGCUAAGCUGAUAAAAUCUUUCGAAUGGCAAUGGCGCGCCAUCUAUUGAGCCAUCGUGCAGAUACCCAACUGAUAUGUGAUUGGUCACUUAUAAAUGUUAGCGCUCGCUCUCACUAAAACAGUAUAAAACCAGUAUCGGAUCCCUGCGUACGUCUCUGCGAAUUACGAAAUAAAAUUUUGAUUAAGUUUUAUUAUAAUGGCGUGCUGUUCUAUUCGGUGGUGUGGAAAAAACAGCAAAACAUCAAACUUUAAAAAAGACGGAAUAACCUUUCAUCGUUUUCCUAAGAAUCCGGAAAUAAAAGAAAAAUGGAUGGAUAUUACAAAAAGAGAAAACUGGUUUCCGACAGAAUUUAGCGUCGUUUGCUCCAGACAUUUUACAGAAGACUGCUUUUAUACUGUGAAAGAUCGCCGUCGUUUAUUUAAAACUGCUAUUCCUACUCAGCACUUGCCUCUAGUGUUUGACGAGUCAGGAGCCGAUGAACGCGCUCCGGAAAAUUCAAGUCCAAAUCCAUCAUCUUCAUCUCAAUUCGAGCCGAAGUCAACUGCAAUGACAACUAAACGAAAGUCGGUAGAUCAUGAUACUCUUUCACAGUUAAAUGAGGUGACAACCAAAAAACGUCUUAUUCGGCGUAUUUUAGAUUUAAAAAAGCUAUUGACUGAGAAAAAUGAAACGAUCAAGGUGUUGCAGGGCAAAGUGCGUUACUACAAAAAGAGAGCAGAAUCUUUGAAAGUGGAAUUGGAUCAAAAAACAGUAAUUUAAUGUGUACAGUAACUAAUUUAUUAUUUUAUGAUGUUUACUUUUAA